CUCCAAACUCAUAAAGAUCCACCGAAAACCCUCGUCUUUCGGUCACUCUUGAGAAGGGGAAAUCGCUGCUUUAGAGGCUUGACACGCUGCUGUAAACUCGCCUUGGUCUUGAUUGCCGGCGUUUGGCGCUGCCCUUGUCUGAAAACCUCCAAAGACUUUUUUGUCUUGCUAUCUGUCUCUUCGCUGUGCGGCCGAGGUUUUGGAGGGUUUAUUGAUCCUCCUCGGCAGUUCAAGAUGGUAUCUCAAAGGAUCCGCGACUACCUGCACACGGACUAUCAGCCUGGGGAGCGCACGCUGUUGCGCAAGAUUGACUUUUUCAUCUUGACGUUUUGCUGUCUGAGUUACUUUAUCAAUUAUCUGGAUCGUUCAAACCUCUCCAAUGCCUAUGUCUCUGGAAUGAAGGAGGACUUGGGCUUUGUCGGCAAUCAGCUCAAUGAAAUCAACACCUGCUUCACAGUUGGCUACGUCCUGGGCCAGAUCCCGUCCAACCUCUCUCUCUACUACGUCAAGCCUCGCAUCUGGUUCCCCUCCAUGAUGCUCCUCUGGGGCGGCCUCACCAUGGUCACCGCCUCGGUGCACAACCCCCAAUCCAUCAUGGCCAUUCGCUUCUUCCAGGGCAUCUGCGAGGCCUCCACCUUUGUCGGCACGCACUACAUCCUCGGCGCCUGGUACACUGAGCGCGAGCUCGGCAAGCGCAGCGGCAUCUUCACGUCGUCUGGCCUGGCCGGCACCAUGAUUGGCGGCUUCAUCCAGACGGGCAUCCACCAAAGCCUCAAUGGCCGCGGCGGUCUCGCGGGUUGGCGGUGGCUCUUCAUCAUUGACGGCCUCCUCACCAUCCCCGUUGCGCUGUACGGCCUCAUCUUCUUCCCAGACACGCCUCGCAACACCACGGCGUUUUAUCUCAGCGACGACGAGAAGCGCCUGGCUGUGGCCCGCGUGCCCGUCAUUGAGGAGAGCUCGCCCAUCACUUUGCGCUUCCUCAAGAAGGUGCUUACGUCUUGGCAAUUCUGGGGCUUCGUCAUGCUCUGGGUCAUUGCCGGAGAAACAGAGUCCUUUUCCAGCAACUCUCUUCUUGCCCUCUUCCUCAAAAGCAGCCCUACUCACAAGUACAGCGUCAGCCAGCUGAACAACUACCCAACCGGCGUACCGGCCGUUGGCAUCGUCUCGACCCUGUUUUGGGCCACGCUGACUGACUUCCUGAAUGGCAAACGCUACCUCGUCGGCUACUGGAUCGGCCUCGUUGGCAUCGCAACCUCCAUCAUGAUCCUGGUGGCCUCCCACCACCCUACCAGCUCGGGCUCUACCCCGGUAGUAAUGGCUGCUUACUACAUUGCCGGUUCCGUCUACGCGUGCCAGGCCACCUUUUUCGCCUGGUGCAACGAUUCAAUGCGUUACGAAGAGCACAUUUUCCGUGCUAUUGUGUUGGCCGCCAUGAAUCUGGGCAACAAUGCCGUCAACGCUUGGUGGAGCAUCAUCUUCUACGGUGCCGACAUGGCUCCUUGGUUCACACGCGGUAUGUGGGCCAUGAUUGCUUGCUGCAUUGCCCUUGUCAUCUGGACGGGCGUACUGUCUUACCUGGAUCAUCGCCACAAAAAGACCAUCGUGGAACUUGAUGAAGCUGGAGGUAGCCUCAGCAUCGUUGUUGACGGCAAGGAGUGAUUUACUGUUGUUGCUUUCACGUGAUGGGUAGGCCCUGUUGUUUGUCGUAUUUGGUUAAUUCCUUGUAUGAAGCACGUUGUGUACAUUUAUUUAGCAUGCCUAUUUUAAUAUGAUGACGCGUUACGAG